UCAGAAGAUGAGGAAAAAACACGGUCGAAAAAUCCAAUAAAAGCGAGUUUAGAAAUGAGAAGAAGGUCUUCUGUGUGUGCCAGAUGUUCGUCGUCACAGUUCUCGUCUUUCUGGGGGCAGGACUGGCUGCCAACAGCGAGGUCUGUCCAUGUGCAUAACCAAGCCAAGGGGGCACAAACCAGUGUACUCCUUGUACUCCUAGGGCCGCCUCAGGAAGCGGCCUAAUCUGGCAUAAACUCUUGGCUUGAGCAACAGAUGUUGUCACUCAGACAGUAUCACCAGCUCCAGUGAGUAGGAGGAGAAGUCAAAACCAGAAGCCAAGGCUUUUUCCACUAACUCAAGUUUCCAGCCUGUUCCAGCAUCUCUGUGUAUGUCUCUGAGCUUCUGUGGGACGUUGUUAAAGUGGCAAGGAAACCCAACACCAUCAUUCUCUCGUCCCUUCAACCCAGCUGCGAUGGCCGCGGCACAACACACCACGUUACCAAAAUUGAGACGUGCAUGACCAACAAAACUGGCUCACGACACAGCAACGCGGCAGGCAUCAUGGCACUGUCAGACCCCACCCACAUCUGCUACCCUAUGUCUGUGAAGGUUCUCAGUCAUCCAGGUCAUUGUAGUCAAAGGAGUUUGCAAAGAAAAGCGUCUGGACUUCUUUGAGUUGCUUGAAGACGUUUCACCUCUCAUCCGAGAAGCUUCUUCAGUUCUAAGGUCAAAUGGCCGAGAGUCCCAAAAUCUGGGAAGGUGGAAAGGUGAACAUGUGAGGAGCAGAGGUAGUGAAGAGAUUCACUCCCUCACUUGCAUCUACACGGCGCUCUCCAAACCCGACGGCACUCCGGGCAUCCACAAGUUCACAUUCAUGGGUUUGCUGGACGGCAGGGCGAUUGAGUACUACGACAGUGAGAGUGAGAGGAAAGUUCCCAAACAGGAGUGGAUGAGAGAGUGUUUAUCUGCUGAUUACUGGGGAAAAGGCAGAGAGGAACAGUGGUUAGAAAGCCUAAUGAAUCGAAUGAGAAAGAAUGACUCGGUUAUCCACGUUCUUCAGGGGAUGCGUGGCUGUGAGGGCGAAAUGCAGCCUGAUGGCACGCUCAAGUUUCAUCGCGCUAUGCACACGUACGCCUAUGAUGGAGACGACCUCCUUUCUUUCGAUUAUAAAAAUGAAUUCUGGAUCGCCCCGAUUACAGAGGCCCAACUCACCAUGAGAGAGUGGGACAGUGAUCAGGCCAUGAAAGAGCACAUCAAGAGAUACCUGGAGAACGAGUGCAUUGAUCGGCUGAAGAUGUUCUUGGAUUACAGGAAAAAGCAACUAGAAAAUGCCCCUACACCUGUCGUGUAUGUGUUUGCAAAGAAGGCCACAGUGAAGACAAACCUCAUCCUGACCUGCCUCGCCACAGGCUUCUACCCCAAAGACAUCAUCAUGAAGAUCAGAAAGAACAGACGUGUUCUCGCUAAAGAGGACGGCCUGAUGAGCUCAGGAGGUCUUCCCAAUGGAGACGAUACCUUCCAGAGGAGAGACCAUGUGGAGAUACUAAAGUCUGACUUGUCAACGUUCAUCUGUGAUGUCACUCACGAAGCAACAAACAUACGUGCUACGAAACUUUGGAACAGAAGUCAGCUGAGUGACGCUGUCAGGAGCAGAGCUCUGAGACCCACUGCUACAGUCCUACCGGUACUGGUGGCUGUGAUUCUUGCAGUUCCAGCUGUUCUGUUGCUCUUAUAUAAAGUUGUCAAUCCAGAUAGACCUCAGGUCCGGUCAGCUCAUGUUGAGGUUUAUGCACAAAACUCGAAGGACGGUGCAAAAAUCCUCUUGACAUGCAUCGCCAGAGGCCAGGGAGUCAUCGACAUGGAGAUCAAGCGUAAUGGUGAGACUGUAAAGAAGGGUCUGAUGAGAUCAGACACUGAGCCAAAUAUAGACGGCACCUUGGAGAUAAGAGCCCAUGUGGAGAUUUCAAAGGAUGACAAGCCUGAGUACAGCUAUGAAGUCAUUUAUGAGGCACCCAAAAAUCCAACUGUAAAUACAUUUGUCUGUGCAUUGCCCUGGAGUGAACCAUCAGAGCUGAGACCAGCUCUGGAAACAGUAGUGAACCCUCAGAGCUGGCACGAAAUCAGUGAACUACUGGUCUGCUACACCGACACCAGACAUUUCUGACUCCUGAGUCGCUGAGAGCUGUAUGAUGGAGACGCUGAGUCCUGUGAAGCCCUGAAGUCUCCAUCAGAUCUACACACAACACCAGAUUUACCAAAACAUAUUCACCAGUGUGCAGAGCAUUAAGACUGUUUUGUUUUUGCUUUUUUAAAAGUGAAAUAUUUUCCUUUUAAUGCAUUUUACAGAUUAGGAAACUGAUGAGUCAGCAUUAAAAUGAGGUUCUUUGAAAUGAGUUUUUAAAAACGUGCCUCUUUAAGCUGAACCUCAGUCACAGUGAACGUUACAUCAGGUCAGAGGUGAAUUCAGGUUUUAUGUAUUUUAAUAAAACUAUCUCAGUUUGUUAAUAA